GCCCAUUCAAUGGAUCCAGUUUAUGACUACCGACCCUAUUUAAUGCUUACAUUUUACCUCCUGAGAUAAACAAGCCAAAUAAGAUUGCAGAGAGGAAUUAAUAACUGCUCAAGAAAGCACCAAAACCCUUUUCUUCCCAAUCAAGCUUCUAAAAAUCUCAGCUUUCAGCCUCCUGAGAUAGAACCAAUGGUGGAAUGCCUCCCUGUUUCAUAUUUGGUUUCGCAUUGUCCCUCUUUUCCCAACAGCAAAACCUUUUUCAUAAGAAAAAGAAGAAGCUUCAAUUUCUGUCUCUUCAGCUCCCGCUCUUCAUUUUCCAGAUUCAAAUGCUCCCUUGUUGCCUCUCCUCCAUCACUACCUGCAGAGUUCGUUGAGUUCGUUGAAGCAUCAAAGACCGGAAAUCUUGUCCCGCUCUUCCGUUGCAUAUUCUCCGAUCACCUGACUCCGGUUCUCGCUUACCGAUGUCUAGUGAAAGAAAAUGAUUGGGAAACUCCGAGCUUUCUGUUUGAUUCGUUUGAGCAGGGUUACCAAGAUUCGAUUUUGGGACGUUACAGUAUGGUGGGGUGUGAGCCAUCGGUGGAGAUUGUGGCGAAGGAGAGGCGGGUGAUCGUCACGGACCACCGGGAAGGGCGGAGGACGGAGAUGGUCGCGGAGGAUCCAAUAGGGAUUCCUGAAAGUAUUAUGGAAGGAUGGACUCCCCAGCUUACCCACCAGCUUCCUGAUACGUUUUGUGCCCAAAACGAUGCAGAGAAGUUUGCAGAAGCUUCUAAGAAAGGAAACAUAGUUCCUCUUUAUCGGUGCUUAUUUUCCGACCACCUGACUCCGGUGCUGGCUUACCGGUGUUUGGUUAAAGAAGAUAAUAGAAGCGAUCCAAGCUUUUUGUUUGAAUCAGUCCAGCAAAAUGAUGGAUUUCCGACCGUUGGACGUUAUAGUGUGGUUGGAGCUCAGCCAACGCUAGAACUGGUGGCAAAGGGGAAUUCAGUGACAAUUAUGGAUCAUGAGGAAGGGAUUAAGACUGAGGAGAUCGCUGAGGAUCCAAUGGUAAUUCCUCGUAGGAUCAUGGAAGGUUGGAAACCACAACUCAUUGACGAGCUACCCGAGGCAUUUUGUGGUGGAUGGGUUGGAUAUUUUUCAUAUGAUACUGUUCGGCAUGUGGAGAAGAAGAAGCUUCCAUUCUCUAAAGCACCUAAAGAUGAUAGAGAACUGGCUGAUAUUCAUCUAGGCCUUUAUGAUGAUGUGAUAGUGUUUGAUCAUGUGGAGAAGAGAGCAUAUGUGAUCCAUUGGGUGCGGCUAGACCGAUACACUUCGGUUGAGAAGGCGUAUAAUGAUGGAAUGGAUAGGUUGGAACAUCUAGUAUCCAAAGUUCAAAAUAUUGACAGCCCAAGGCUAAAUCAUGGUUCUGUGGGGUUAUACACUCACCUUUUUGGUUCUUCACUAAAGAAGUCAACCAUGACAAGUGAAGCAUAUAGGGAAGCUGUAUCAAAAGCUAAAGAACAUAUUCUUUCUGGGGAUAUUUUCCAAAUUGUGCUAAGUCAACGUUUCGAGCGCCGAACAUUUGCAGACCCAUUUGAAGUAUACAGGGCAUUGAGAGUUGUGAAUCCAAGUCCAUAUUUGACUUAUAUACAAGCUAGAGGAUGUAUUCUGGUUGCUUCAAGCCCAGAGAUUCUGACUCGUGUGAAGAAGGGAAAGAUUACUAACCGACCCCUUGCGGGAACUGUUAGAAGAGGGAAGACGAGUUAUGAGGACAAGAUGAAGGAAAAUCAGUUGCUAAAUGAUGAAAAACAAUGUGCAGAGCAUGUUAUGCUAGUCGAUUUGGGACGAAAUGAUGUUGGAAAGGUCUCCAAACCUGGUUCUGUGAAGGUGGAGAAGCUAAUGAAUAUCGAGCGGUACUCUCACGUAAUGCACAUCAGCUCCACAGUUACAGGUGAAUUAUGUGAUGACCUCUCUUGCUGGGAUGCCCUACGUCAAGCUUUGCCGGUUGGAACAGUUAGUGGAGCACCAAAGGUGAAAGCCAUGGAGUUGAUAGAUCAACUAGAAGUUACCAGGAGAGGGCCAUACAGUGGUGGAUUUGGAGGCAUUUCAUUCACUGGAGAUAUGGACAUUUCUCUUGCUCUUAGGACAAUAGUUUUCCCAACUGGGCCGCAUUAUGACACAAUGUACUGGUAUGGAGAUGCGAACAGACGUCAAGAAUGGGUGGCUCACCUUCAGGCUGGGGCUGGUAUUGUUGCUGACAGUGUGCCUGAUGAUGAGCAGAAAGAGUGCGAGAAUAAAGCUGCUGCUCUUGCUCGCGCCAUUGAACUAGCAGAGUUAGCAUUUGUUGAGAAAUGAAGGUGUCACCAUUGAACUUCAUUGUUCUCCCAAUGGUUGCAUUGCUGUACUGUGUUUUUUUUUUCUUUUUCUUUUUCUUGGGGUUUGGGGGGGGGGGGAAGGAAAGGAAAGGAAAUAAAGUAUUCAGAGGACCAUAAUUCCAAUGAAAGGAAACUUAAAUAGUCUAGAGAAAACAUUGAUUGAUGAUACCAAUAACUUGAAAGAGAACUAGAAUAUGUUGGUAUAUAUAUUUUUUCACAUUCAAACAGUAACAUAGCAUGAAUAUGAACAGUAAUCCCCCACCCCCUCCUAA